CCCAUUCAAACAUCUGUUCAUCUCCAAACUCAUGUUCAUCAGUGGUUGCCGACUUCCAAGCGUUCUGGCUGCCCUCUAAAACGUCGCUUCCAAGCAGUAUACGACAGCUGGACGAGAAAACACCAUUUCAUGAUCCUCAACACUUGCCAUGUUAGCAACCACAAAGAGUCUCUCGCCCACUGAAGCAGAUAUCCAGCUGCUGAUCCUCGACUGGUCUCUGUACGUGGCAACAACAUACUACCUCCGGGCGGCACAAGAUGUCAAAGACAAACUAGGAUGCGCGCGUGUUGCGGAGGAUUUCAGUGCUAUAUCAGAUGAUAUCUUGAAUACUUUAACGGAUCUGGAUACCACCCCCCUCAAAUGCCGAAUACAACUGUAUCGAUUAGCCAGCGUCGUUUUAAAUAGACCACGUCGCAAAGCCGGGUCCGAAAGCCUGACUUCUAUUAUUCCCACUUUCCUCUCCGUUGGCGGUUGGGUACUUCAAGAAACCGCAGCUGCAGAUGCUACCGACGAUGCAGAGCCAUAUAAGAUCCUCGAUCCAUGGUAUGACCUCUUCCUUGAGCUCCAAAUACAGGCGGGGGUGGAAGAUUAUCUAUAUGGAGGCAAAUCUCCAGAAGACUGUUGCAAAUCUCUAUGCCAGCAUGAUGUAUUAGAUGAUCCCGUGCUUGCCAAGGGGAUAAAGGAGAAGUCUUACCAACGCUACACACGCAUGAAGGAGAAGGCCUGGAAAGAGAAGCUUCAAGGACACCCAUCCGCCGAAUUCGACGAAAUGAUGAUCCAAUACGUCGCUGCCGUAGCAGAUAUAAUGGGUGUUCCUGUUCUUACUCAGUAUCAGGAGUGCACAGAUCAUCCAGAUUUAAGAUGGCUGACCUGUUCGCCGUUGCUUGGGUUAAAGAUUGGUGACGAGAACAGUGUAAAAGUAGAGGAUGAUCGCUGAUUGCAUUUGUGGACAAGGGAGUAGGGAUUCCCUCUUUGGAGAUAGAAGUUGUGUACAGUUUAUUGUUUGCGUAAGAUCAAUGUAUUUAGAGUUUUUCAUCAGAUUUGUUUGUCGCUCGUCUUACUGGGCAAAAAAUUUGC